GUUCCAGAACAGAAGUUGGACGUCACGUGAUUUUUAUAAAAAGAAAAUCUUUUGACGAUCGCAGCCUCUUUCUACGGAGUAUAUCUUUACAUCAAGCGAUAUGGACUCAGACACAUUACCGUCCAGAAUAGCAACUCUAGUCCACGAACAUUUCGAUGCCCUGCCCGCACGCAGCAAACCAACCAUCCACCCGGAUGGAUCGCGAGAAUGGAUCCCGAUGACGGGAAUUGUCGUUGUCAAGGGCGAAAACACACUGUCAGAAAAACUAACCUGUGUGGCUGUCACAACCGGAGCAAAAUGCGUAUCCGCUUCUCAAAUCCCUCAAUGUAGGGGUCUAGUUCUUCACGACUGCCACGCGGAGAUCCUAGCUAUUCGCGCAUUCAAUUACUGGCUUCUAAGUGAAUGUCGUGGUGUGUUGGGCCAGCAGUCAUCGCCAUACGUCCGCUGCCGCCAACACAACGAUAAUGAAAAUGGCGACUGGCCACCCCUAGAACUCCACCCUGACAUCAAAAUCUACAUGUACUGCACCUGCGCUCCCUGCGGCGACGCAAGCAUGGAGCUUUGCAUGGCGGCACAAGAAGACCCCACUCCAUGGGAGCUUCCAUCACCUGUACCCGCAGCAUCCAACAACACAGACACAGAGAAUAUUCCAAACGAAGCAACACUAAUCGGCCGCGCCCACUUCCAACUCCUAGGCGUCGUCCGCCGCAAACCCGCACGCACAGACGCAGAGUCCACGCGCAGUAAAUCAUGUUCUGAUAAACUGGCCCUGCGGCAGGUCUCCUCUUUACUAUGUCAGGAGACGAGCUUGCUGAUUGCGCCAACGGCGAAUGCCUACUUGGCUGGUGUUAUCUUGCCAGAGGAGGAAAUUAGUCGGGUUGCGUGUGAGAGGGCGUUUGGGGCGGAUGGGAGGAUGGAGGCCCUCCGUGGGCGGGGGUGGCCUAUCGCUACCCAUCGGGAAGAGGACAGCUCGGGAUAUGGGUAUCGGUUCCUGCCCUUUCAAAUCCUCUCCAUUCCCAGUGGUCAAAUAGACCGUCUUUACCCCUUCCGUAAACCACCACCCUGUCCAUCGGACGAUAAGCCCAGCAAACCAAAAACAAAACCAGGCAAUGUAUCGGCAAUCUGGACGAUCGCGCCAUCACACGCCUCUCCGUUACCAGAUCAUAACCCUAAAUCGCUGCCGAAGUUACGCGGUUCGAACACGGGCUUGUAUGAGACGGUGAUAAAUGGCGUGAAGCAGGGGAAUCGGGCGUUGGCGCCGCUGGCGAGGGGGGCGAGUGCGUUGUGCAGGGCGAGGUUGUGGGGGGUUGUUAGGGAUGUCUUGGUUUUAGGGCGGAAUGGGGAUGGGUAUGGGGGAGGUGCUUUAUGGAGGGAUGUUCUUGCGGCGGCUACGUAUGAUGAGUUUAAGAGUGUUCCAGAGUAUAUCGGAGGGGCUUUGAAAGCAAGAGGACAGGCUAUUAAAGAUGCCAGGAAAGUCUUGAAAGGAUGGGUCCCAAAUUCGGGGGAUGAGGAAUGGGGGAUAGAUGUUUUGAUUGAUCCCAAGAAGCAGAAGUGUUCGCAUUAAUGUGCAGUGAUUACGAAUUAUAUUAACGAGAAGAUUAACCAAUGACUAAUGGUACAAAACUUUUGUCUCCUGGCAGAUAGCUGGACUGUGAAUCCAUAGACAAGAACCGAAAUUACCUAUUAGACCCCGUAUGCAUAUACAUCGCUGGUCUUAGUAGAUGCCAGGGAUGAUCCGGCUGCGAACCAACGACGUAUACCGAUCCCAGUCAGCUCCAUACUUCUUCUUGCACUUCUCCUC